GACGAUACUCUGUUAUAGAAAACGAACGCAGAUAUUUAGCUCUUCAUCACAGGGUUUAACUAGGGUUCUUCCAAAAUCCCAAUCCCCACGUCCAAACAUGACGGUUGCUCGAUUAAUUCUCCGAUCCCUCCGCCGUCCCACAUCUCUCCGAACCACCACCACCGCCGCCGCCUUCAACCUCCAGUCCCUAUAUCUCCAGUCUCCAACAACAAACCCUAACUUCCUAAUCCCUGUUAGAACCUUUGCCUUUACUUCAGCAGAGGAAGCCGCCGCCGAACGACGUCGUCGCAAACGUCGCCUCCGUAUUGAGCCCCCACUCCACGCCCUCCAACGCGAUCCAAAUGCCCCACGCCUUAGACGCGACCCUAACCAACCUGAUACUACAUCUGCCCUCGUUGGACCUCGACUCAGUCUCCACAACCGCGUCCAAUCGUUAAUUCGAGCCGGAGACCUCGAAAACGCCUCUGUUGUUGCUCGACAAUCGGUUUUUUCCAGCACACGUCCUACAGUUUUCACCUGCAACGCGAUCAUUGGCUCUAUGUAUCGCGCCAAGCGGUAUUUGGAUGCCAUAGCUCUUUUUGCCUAUUUUUUCAAGCAAUCGAACAUAGUUCCUAAUGUUGUUUCCUACAAUUUCUUGAUUGUCUCUCACUGUGAAAACGGAGAAGUUGAUAAAGCUCUGGAAGUCUAUCAACAAAUUAAGGACAAUGCUCCCUUUAGCCCCUCUGCAGUUACUUUUCGUCAUUUAACCAAGGGUUUAAUUGAUGCUGGGCGUAUUGAUGAAGCGGUGAACAUGCUAUGGAAAAUGGUGAGUGAUGGCCACGGGGCUGACUCUAUUGUCUUCAACAACAUCAUAUCUGGCUUUCUCAAUUUGGAUAAUCUGGAAAAAGCCAAUGAAUUCUUUGAUGAGCUGAAAAGUAGGUGCAUGGUUUAUGAUGGUAUUGUUAAUGCUACUUUCAUGGAGUGGUUCUUUAGUAAAGGUAAGCCAAAAGAAGCCAUGGAGUCUUACAAAUCUUUAUUAGAUAAAGAAUUCAAAAUGGUUCCUGCUACAUGUAAUGUGCUUUUAGAAGUUCUGCUUAAAUGGGACAAGAAACCAGAGGCUGAGGCUUUGUUCGAUAGCAUGUUAGAUAGGCACACUCCGCCUGUUGUCCAAGCAGUGAAUUCUGAUACCUUUAAUAUCAUGGUAAAUGAAUGCUUCAAAAUGGGGAAAGCAUCAGAGGCUUAUAGUGUUUUCAAGAAGGCUGGUAAUGCCCCCAAGUCAAAACCUUUUUCAAUGGAUGCAGCGGGUUUUAACAAUAUAAUCAUGAGGUACUGUGAGAAUGACAUGAUAGAUGAUGCAGAAAGAAUGUAUGUGGAAUUAUGUGGCAAAUCUUUAUCACCUGAAGUCAACACUUAUAAAACCUUGAUUGAUGCUUAUUUCAAGGCAGGAAGAAUUGAUGAAGCUAUAGAUAAGUACGCGAAGAUGGUGGAUGUUGGUUUGAGAGUGAUUCCUACUUAUGCCAACAAAUGGUUCUCUAGUAUGAUUGAGAAUGGAAAGAUUGUGGAGUGUGAGCCCAUUUUGACUAAAAUGGCUGAAAGAGACCCGAAACCGGAUGCUACUACUUAUGAUAUGGUGAUCAGGGCACUCUGUGUAGCUUCUAAUUAUGACACGACUUUGAUUUUGUUGCAACAAAUGGUUAACUAUGGUGUUGGGGUUGCCCCUGUUCUUAAGGAGUAUGUGUUAGAGGUGUUUGAUAAGUUAGGGCGUAAAGAAGAAAUUGAUAGACUUUUAAUUGCAAGAGGGACAGGUUAUGUGCCAGGUGUACCUCGAAAUGUAAAUGGCUAUGGACAGAGGAAUCAGUAUGGAUAUGGGCAGCAAAAUGGUAAUGGAAAUGAUAUUAUGAAUAGACAACAAUACAACAAUGGAAACACACAGCAAUAUGGUAAUGGAAACGGGCAACAAUACAAUGGAAGUUGGAAUGGAAAUGGGCAGCAGUACAACAAUGGAGGUUGGAAUGGGAAUGGGAAUGGGAAUGGGCAGCAGUAUAACAAUGGAGGCUGGAAUGGGAAUGGGAAUGGGCAACAGUACAACAAUGGAAGCUGGAAUGGGAAUGGCGGUGGACAAAACCAUGGGAAUUGGCAGCAGAAUGGGAAUGGAGUUGAGCAGCGGAAUGUAAAUGGGGAGCAGGGAUAUGAACAAGCUCAAUCUGGUUCUGUAGCAGCACUUUAAUUUUACCACUUCCAUCAUCUUUCUUCUUUGAAGAAGAUUUAACAUCACCUAAAUUACCAGCAUUACCCUUUUUAGCAGACAGCUUAAGUGGCUUGCUAUCUGAAUCACUUUCCUCAUCUUCCUCAACAUUUUUACUUUCUACCUUACUUUUCUCCCCCUUUUUAACCUAUUGUUUCAGUGGUUUAGCAUCUGAAUCACUAUCUUCUCCUUUCUUCACAGAUUGUUUUAUAGUCUCAUCUACUUUCUCACCCUGUUUUUCCUUCUUUUCCAUCUAAUUCACCCACAUCCAUUUUCUUACAAGCCUGGUUGCUCUUCUUCCUUGAUUGUUUUGACGAUUUUGCCCCUGAACUACCUGUGUCCACUUUCUUAUUGUGCUUCCUCAGAGGUUUAUCAUCAGAAUCACUAGUGGCUCCACCAUCUCCUGCUUCAUCAAUGGUGGCCGGAAGUUUGACCUCCUUGGCAACAACCGCCUUUGGAUGGGGAAUCGGCUUUUUCAGGGGUGAUUUCGUCUUUUUGAAGAGUUUGUUUUUUAAAGACCGGACGGGUUUCUUGAAGUCUUUCAUUUGGAAGGCUGUCACUUUGAGAUGGCGAAGGGGAAGAAACAUUCUCAGCCUAACUUUCAGGGGCAGUUUCGUCUUUUUCUGUUUCUGAUGGAUUAUCUGCUUCAUUAGAGGACUCUUAACAGACGAACUAUGAACUUCAUGUUGUUUCUCUGCUUCUUCUUUCUCACCUUCAACAUGAGAAGUAUCAGAAGGCUCCCCGGAGUUUACUGCUGUGUCGGAUUUAGUCCCUCUCCUUUUGGAAGCCUGUUCUGGUUUUGAUUCCAACUUUGCCACAUCAGCAUCUGACUCAUCAUUGAGCAUUUCAACUGAAAUUUCUUGCACUUUCUUCUAAAACCAAUACCAUGGUCAUCAAUGUCCUCCUGAAAGAGUGUAUUGAGUGCAUCUACUGAUAAUAGCAACAUACUUACAUUUCUUUACUGAUAAUAGCA